CAAAAUGAAAAAAUUCUGGAAAAGGUUCUUAUCGAAGGGAAGAGAUUGAAAGCAGAAUUCGCUCAGAAAAAUGACGAGAUUGAUGAAAGAGAUAGCGGGAUUGUGCAUGCAGCUACAGAGGCAACUGAACCAGACAGUGGAAGAAAAAUUGUUUUUGAUAACUUUGACUUUAAGCAAAAUGUGCAUCAUAUGACUGAAACACAUCAAAAUAUUGAUAAUCAUUGGGUCAGUCAUAUGUUCACAGAAAACAGAGUAUCUGGCAAUCAUUUAUCGACAGUGCGACCAAAGAAUUCUGCCAUCCUUGAUCUUGACAAUGGAAAGUUUAUCCCCAACAAAGAAGAACACAUGCUGCAGAGACAAAAUUAUUCUACUCUUGUGUCACAAAUUAUUGUGAGGAACAUUGUUUGCUUACACUUUCUAAGUCAGUGUGCUCCACAGCAUAUCAAGCACCAGUAUCAAUCAGAAAUGAUGAAGAAAACAGAAACAGUAAGCUUACCUUUGCUUUAUUUACUUUAUACUUUAUUUAGAAAUGGUAAAUACAUUGCAGCCAUGAGCUGA